CAGGUGGAGAGAUGAACGCUCACCUUGCUGAGCGGCUCGGCACUGCGGCUCAUCAUCACGAAGGCAUGGCCAACCAAGCAACCAUCGGUUCAAGACCAAACAAUGACAUUCGUGAUUACUUCCGAGGGCCUCGAGAGCCCCGAGCACCACCUACUAGCUCAUGGCUUGAGAAACCCGAGAUCCCCACUCAUUCGGAGUUUCUGCCGCAGAGCCAUCCUGCCUCGGACGCACAGCGAAUCAUCGAUGUGAACGAUGGUCCCGAGCCGAAUAAAGUGAAGGGGCCACAUCAAGGCAAAGAAGAUUACCUUCGCUCUUUGUAUAAUCUUGCAAGGGAGGAUGCAAUAAGGCCACUUCGAGACGCUAUCGAGCAAGUUCGUAGAUCUCCAUGGCAAGACGAAAGUGACUUCGACGGUGCCAGUGGCAGUCUUGGUCUGUACGAACCGGUCUACCUGACGUCCAUUAUUGCUGCUGGGCGCGGACUUGGUAUACGCAUGGCCUUCUCACUCGGACGUGCCAAAAAACACAUCCGGUGGGAACAGUCGAAAAGGCUUAUCACUGGGUCUUUGGUGGCCUUGUCGCCUGUGGAUGACUGUUUUCAGUCCAAGUGCGUUCUGGCUGUCGUAGCAGCCCGGCCUAUGGAUUUAUUACACCAAAACCCCCCCGAAAUCGACUUGUUUUUUGCUCGUGCAGAAGAGAUUGAAGUAGACCCGAUGAAGCGGUGGAUAAUGGUGGAAAGCCGAUCAAGCUUUUUCGAGGCCAGUCGCCAUACUUUGCUGGCACUACAACAUAUGAUGCAAGAGCCAUUUCCCCUUUCUGAGCAUCUAGUGAAGGUCCAGGCAGACGUUGAGCCUCCUAAAUACGUCCAAACUAAUCCUUACACGGACAUGAGCAGCCUAGUGUCAAUGGAGGAUAUCCAAGAUUUCCGCAAUGUCAACAUUCUUGAGGACUGGCCUUCAAACGAAUCACACGGCCUUGAUGCAUCACAGUCGAACGCAUUAAAGCAGAUACUGACUAGUCGUCUAGCUAUUGUUCAAGGCCCGCCGGGCACUGGCAAAACUUAUGUUUCUGUCGUUGCAUUGAAGAUCCUGCUCUCCAAUUUGGCGGGUUUGGGAGAGGCUCCAAUCAUUGUGACCUGCCAAACGAACCACGCCCUUGACCAGUUGCUCCGGCAUGUGUAUGAGUUUGAGAAAGACUUCAUACGCCUUGGUGGACGAUCGAAGGACAACGUCAUCAUCAAGAAGCGAACGCUCUUUGAGGUGCGCCAAGGUAUGUCGGAACCUAGGCACCCUCAAGGAGGCAGAUCUGUCUUUGCAAGGUUGAGACAGGUUACAUCUGCCAUGGAGAAAUUGUUGUGGCCUCUAAUGCUCGGUAAUUCGCCUAUUGACCACAAGAUACUCGUUAAGUUUGGUAUAAUCACUGCAGAACAGGGCGAAUCAAUUGAGGCAAUCAACGCCAUGGGAAUGAGUACCCAGGGACCCGAUACAUACGGUCUGAAGAUGGAGCAGUGGCUUGGUAAAUGCGUGACGCCAUGUCUGCGCCCCCUCCAACCGGAAGAUUUUGCGGAUCAUGAAGAGGACGCCGAAGACUAUGAAAUCGAGAAGCUGCAAGAGAUAGAAGCGGAGGCACAAGACGACAGUUUGGACACUUUAAAGGGGACCACUUUCCAUAUCAGCGACAACGUCAUGGGCAGAAGCGGGGCUCUAUUGAAUGACGAACAGAUCGAGACGAUACUUCGAACCGACGACUUGACUACUGUACCCAUAUCGCACCGUGGACCCAUCUAUAACUACUUCCAACGGAAGUUGAAGCAGAAAAUAAGUGUAGAAUUUCGAAAGCUCGCAGUAGAGUACGAGAAGUUUGUUAAGGAGCGUCGAAUUCAUCUUUGGGAGCAGGAUCUUGAAAUUCUGAAAAGCCAGCGUCUUGUUGGCAUGACUACGACAGGAUUAAGCAAAUAUCGCGCCCUUAUCUCUGCUUUGAAGCCGAAAGUGGUUCUGGUAGAAGAGGCCGCGGAGACCCUGGAGCCUCCUGUUACGGCUGCCUGCCUGCCAUCUUUGGAGCACCUCAUCCUGGUCGGAGAUCAUCAGCAGCUGCGGCCUCAUUGCGAAACUAAAGAGUUUGAAGGGAAACCAUUCAACUUCAAUGUGUCAUUGUUUGAGCGGAUGGUAAAGAACAAAGUGCAGAUGAGUUGUCUCACUCGACAGCGGCGUAUGUUGCCAGAGAUUCGUUCCCUGCUGACGCCGAUCUAUGGGAACAUACUGGAAGACCACCCAAGCGUUAAGGACACCAACAAUCGCCCGCCAGUCGAAGGCAUGGGCACUGAUACGUUCUUCUUUACUCACGAGUGGGAAGAACGACAAGAUGCCCUCAUGUCGUAUGUAAACCCUGAUGAAGCUAAGAUGAUAAUUGGUCUAGUGAACUACUUAAUGCUCAAUGGUGUCGAGGCCAGCAAGAUAACCAUUCUUACUUUCUACAACGGACAACGCAAGGAGAUCUUCAAACAACUUUGCCGGCACGAGAACCUAAGGGGUCACACUUUUACCAUCGUUACAGUGGAUUCAUAUCAAGGCGAAGAGAACGACAUCGUCUUGCUAUCUUUGGUGAGGAGCAAUGACCGACGCAAGAUUGGGUUUCUGGACGUCAUCAAUCGCGUCUGUGUAGCCUUAUCCCGUGCCAGGCGUGGGUUCUAUCUGUUCGGAGACGCAGAGGGAAUGGCCGUGGCCAGCGAUUUAUGGGGAGAAGUCGUGAAGAUAAUGUGUAACAGGAGCAAGAUUGAGCAGGGAUGCCGACCACCAAGGGGCCAACCACUACGCGUUGGCUACUUUCUACCUCUUCAAUGUGUUACGCACAAGCGAAAAUGGUGGAUCGGAACGCCCGAGGAUUGGAACUAUAUCAAUGGCGGAUGUGACGAGAAAUGUUGCAGCGUCCUGCCUUGUGGGCAUAAUUGUACACUUUUCUGCCAUCCGUUUUCACAUGAUCAGAUCAACUGUAUGCAGAACACCGAAUGGGCCGACUACACCAUUCGAGGUGCGCAGGAAGACGAUCAGCAGUACGCCAGGACCGCCCGCGAAAACGAGCAGAACCGGGCAGACUUCCACAUCAACGAGACCCAAUCAGUCAGGCGCAACGGGAACGCUUCACCUGAAAAGCUGAUCGAGAUAUCUCCAGAUCUGCCCCCGGCUGCAAGCCUGCCUCUGAAGGACACAACGAACAUGUUGAUUGACCUCGGCGAGGAAGGCCCAGCUGAGGCUACCCCAACCUUGCGUCCACCACCAGGAUUCGAGGCUUUCAUGAACCUUCUCGAUUGA